AUGGUCACAGCUACCGAUGGGAAUGACAGUAUAUCGUCCAGAGCGGGUGAACAGUCACCGAUAGCAUCGGGAAAAGCUUCGACUAUGCCGUGGAACUUGAGCAACGAGGAGUCUCCAGAGGCAUCCAAUCGACCCCCAUUGACGUCGCAACAGUCUAACUCCCUUCCCUCCACACCUUACCAACACGCGCGGAAAAUCUCUUUUCAUUCCAGAUCGCCCUCGCCGCGCCAUGGAAGCACAUCGCCUCGGUCGACUCACUCGGAGACGACGCACAUUCCUCCCUCUGCGCGAAAACCGUUUACGGGCUGCAAAUAUGAAACCGCAAUGUCGUUUUUUCGCAGGAGAAUGCCGUACUCUCUCGGCGCCGACCUGUUACCAGAAGAAAAAGAGGGUUUAAAACCGCAACUCAGUUUAGAAGAGGAGAAGAAGCUUACAAAGGAUAUACUGGAAGUCUACGAUCGGUUAUUACCGUCGGCAGAGAGCGAUGACCGGCGACGGAGACUUGUCUCCAAAUUGGAGGACUUGUUUAACAAGCAGUGGCCGGGAUCUGAGAUCAAGGUUCAUGUGUUUGGAUCGUCUGGCAAUAAACUAUGCUCGAGCGAUUCGGAUGUCGAUAUUUGUAUAACCACAACUCGAAAAGAGCUGGAACAUGUGUGCUUAUUGGCGGAUGCACUCGCACAGCACGGAAUGGAGCGAGUCGUUUGCAUAUCCCACGCGAAAGUUCCUAUAGUGAAAAUCUGGGACCCCGACCUACGCCUGGCUUGCGAUAUGAAUGUGAACAAUACCUUAGCGCUGGAGAAUACAAAGAUGGUUCGCACAUAUGUGGAGAUUGACGAACGAGUACGCCCACUGGCCAUGAUUGUCAAGCACUGGACGAAGCGGAGGAUACUAAAUGAUGCUGGCCUUGGCGGUACCUUAAGCUCCUAUACCUGGAUCUGCCUGAUCAUCAACUUUCUCCAGACUCGAGAACCUCCCAUACUACCCAGCCUCCAAGCUCGGCCACAUAAGAGGAGGACCACUGCGGAUGGAUUAUUGUGCUCUUUUGACGAUGAUCUGAAGGCUUUGGUCGGAUAUGGAAAGGAAAAUAAGCAGUCCUUAGGAGAGCUCUUCUUCCAGUUUUUCCGGUACUACGGCCAUGAGUUGGAUUACGAGAAGUUCGUCAUUUCGGUUCGCGAAGGGAGGUUAAUAUCAAAAGAGGACAAGGGUUGGCACCUGCUACAGAACAAUCGGCUCUGUGUUGAGGAGCCUUUUAACACGUCGCGGAACUUGGGGAACACGGCCGAUGACACUUCCUUUAGGGGAGUUCAUAUGGAACUGCGCAGGGCUUUCAAGGCCAUCUCAGCGGGUGAUCUUGAGCUUUGCUGUGAACAGUACGAGUAUCCUCCUGAAGCAGAGCGCUCGUGGGAGAGGCCGCCUCCUCAACCGCGACCGAUAGUUACGGCACCGCCAUCACAUCCCUCCCGAGGUGGCCGCGGUGGUGGCCGGGGUGGGCGACACUCAAAUCACUAUAAUCGCGGCGGACAUUCUGGUGGCCGUCGAAGCUCGAAUACAGGUGGCAAGAACCACUUUCGUCAACCCAACGGUGGGAUGAGUGCGUCGGAGCUUUCUCUUCAGGCGCAACAUGCGCAAUAUCUGCUUCAUGACCACCUCUAUCAGCAGAUACAAAUCCUCCAAGCGCAGGAACAAGAACUGCGAUUGCAACUGCAAAAUCAAGCGCUGUUGACAGGGCGCCCUCCUCCUGUCCUUAUCCGCCAGCCUUUCAUCCAGUUCCCUGUGCCAUCACAGGAAGCUUCGGGUGACGACAGCUCGCGCUCGAGAUCCGGAACGGUCAAUCAUCCGCCGAUUAACGUGCCAUCCCGACAGAAUCUCUAUUACAACUCGUCCUAUCUGCCUGUCGCUGUCCCAGGCGUACAAGGAUGUAAUACGAACCCACCAUCGCCGUCCGCCGCCACCGCGAUGCCUGAUCUCCGCCGAAACCCACGCCGAUCUUCAGUUGCCAACGGGUCCCCAAGCGGCUCUCUGAGAGCUCACUCACAGCCUGCGCGUCCUGUCAACUCGCUUCCUAGUUUUGCGCCUCUCUACUCCAUCUCACAGGCCACCGAGGGCUCUCGACAACGUAAUGCACCUGUUUCUCCGGAUGACACGCAAAGCGAGGAAGAAGGUUCAUCUAUACCCAAUAGUCUACCUAAUCGUUCUUUCUACAUGGACGAAGCGAGACCGACCGACUAUAUGAGUUACUACUACGGUAGCUCGCCUCAGCUUCAAGCGUAUCACCAGAGCGCUAUGCUUUCGCCGCUAUCGGCUUCGCUCGGGCUAGCGAUGCCCAAUGGUGGCGUUUUUCCCUUUCUCGGAAACCCCCAGGAGUACAUGUCAGCCGUUCCAGGGAACGAGACCUAUACCCCCUCGUUCGAUAGCGCCUCUGUUUCGUCUCCAAAUUCUAGUCAACCUCAGCACAGGACAGGUUCUCGCACCGCUGCAAGCGAUCGUGGUGGGCCUCUGAUUGUGGAUGGAUCUGUGCCUCCCACUGAGCAAAGGAUAGGUGCUCCGGCCGACAAUUACGACCCGUACGGGUUGAUAUCUAACUGCACGUCUAAUUCGGAUGAUCAGAAUACCGACACCCCCGCUAGCGUCUCGGACUCUUUCUCUCAGGAUUAUCAAGACAACAGUUCAGUAGAGAUUGAGUCAAAUCCUUUCUUUAGCCGGCCGGGAAUAGACUCGCAUAACCUAGGAAACAUUGCGGAUCCGUUCGUGAAUGGGCCUAACGGGAAGCAAAGUUUGCUCUCCAGCCGACUUCAGAACCUUCAGCUCUCGAACGGCGAGAAGAUGCCUGACUCGUUGCCGAAACAUUUGCCUGAGAAGCCUAAGCCAGCCCAGCCCCAUCACGCUGGCGCCGAGAAGGAAGCUCCUCGUUCAAAAAACGUCCAUGCAGGUGACAAAGGGCCAUCAGCCACAGAGCAUACAACGUCCUCGAAUGGGAAGCGUCGAACCAAUGGCUUUGAUACCUUUGAGAAGACUAAUGGGGCCGCUCAUCGAUCCAAGCCCAAGAAUCGCACGGAUUUCUCUCAAGCGUGGUCUGCCGGGCUAAACGACCAAAAGGAACGGAAUGCUAGCCAACGAAAGGUGAACGGUGUCAGCUCCGCGGCGCAUGAUUCCAACGUCAACCACAGCAACAGCGGGUGGCAGACGACCAAAAGGAAGAACAAGAAGAGCAACAAGGCUUCUCCAGACCACCGACACGGUUUGCAUCACGGCGCGGAACCUCUGCCGGCUGAUGAGUCAAUGCGCAAGGGUGGUUAA